AGAAGCUUUCCGAACAUUGGUCAGCUUAGAAGGCAGGAGGUUGCUGGUGAUCUCAAACCCGAAGAGCAACAAACGAACGAACGGUGAGGUCAAUUAAUUAUUUUCAGUUUGGAAACAGAGUGUAUGUGCCGAUGAAUAUUUGUGCGUGGUCGAUUCAUCAGUCUGAUUUUUCAGGGCGAAAAGUAGUAGUAGGUCCAUGAUGGCUAGCAGGAAGCAGAAGAUGGAACACGUUCUGCAUUUGGAGCGCAUAGAUUUGAUGGAUGAGCUGAUGGCUGAUAUGAAACAAGCUCGGAGUACGGCGAAUCCGAAAAUCUUCCACCCCUCGACUCGCGCGACUCAAUCAGAGCAGUUAUCGCCAGGGUUUAUCUCUCUGGGUCUGUACAACAAGGACAUUCAGGUGAAGGAGUCGACUACCAUCGACAGGCACAAAGUCGAAUUGAAGCUGGAGAUGGCGGUGGUCUUCAAAGGAACUGUAAAAAAGAGCUGGACAGAAAUCUGUCAACUGGUGGUCGAGAGCCCUGAAGACAUGAAGAACAUUUACCAUGAUUGCCCAAUAGACGAUCCACAGGCAGUCCGAAAUAUCCUCACCCUCGACGCAGUCUUCGUGACCUGCAUGUUGCACACUCUCUCGGGCCUCCAUAAAUCAGAAGACUUGGUGCAGCCUCGCUUUGCGGAAAUAGCAGAGGUGGUGCAAGAUCGUGGCUUGAGUACAUUAAGGUUCGGAGACCUAUUCGAUAUCCUAGUCAUCUUCCAGAAUCAGAUUCCGCUCCAGCUCAUCACGAGGGUACUGGAGAUUAUGUAUCAGAGUCGUCCCAUGGAAGGAAGUAAGCAGGCCCAGAAUUCAUCUUCGCUAUAUUUUCCAGCUGAUCCCAACGGUGUAACUCUAGAGAUCGAGGGAUUGCCUUUGAACUCGGUGGAAAGUGAACGCUCGACGGCGGUUAUGGUGCUCAGAGACAUAGCCGAAGUGGUGUGUGAUGUGAUGCAGUACGUUCUGCCCGGGCCAUCCAACCUUUUCGAGCGCAUCUCAACGCUAAAAUCUGAAGAUUACAGCCAUCUUCUCGAAUGCGUGUACUGGGGAGCUCUGCAACAUAAUACAUGGGAGUGGCCUGAUGAGAAAGAUAUCAUGUAUCCCAUAGCCACAGCCACGCAGCUCCAGAAGGCCGGCAUCAGUAUUGUCAGAGGCUCUGGAAGCAUAAACGACGUCAGAUUUCGGAGAGGAAUUUUCACAGCGACUCUCAUCGUUCCACAGCUGCGCAUCACGCCCUGGACGGAGAUGAUUCUGAGGAAUCUGCUUGAAUUCGAGAGCAGAGUGCUGAAUAAAGGAGACCUGAUGUGCUACCUGUCCUUCAUGGAUGAACUAAUUGACACGGAGGAGGACGUUCUCCUCCUGAAAGAGAGAAAACUGUCGGUCAUCGAAGUAUCUCACCUGAGCAGUGACAUCGACGUGGCCAACAUCUUCAACUCACUGCGGUAUCCCUCCUACAUUGUGCCCAUUUCCAAACAAUGGGCAACAAUACGGAAGGACAUUCAUAGCUUUUACAACAGUGACAAGCGGCUGUUGUGGGUAGAGUUCGUACAAAUUUAUUUUGGUCGGCCGUGGAUUGCUGCUUCGGUGGUUGCUGCAUUCGCCCUUCUCGUCUUGACAUUCCUUCAGACCCUCUAUACCGUAAAAGCUUAUUAUGAAUCUGGCAGUCCGGCCACUAGCUAAUGCAUGGGCUACUCACAGGUGAUCAAAACUGGACAGCGAAGCAGGAAUUCAAGGUUUUCUGCAUAGGAACAAAUUAAGAAUAGGUGUUAAGCAGACUUGGCUCUUAGAUCAACAUGACAUGAAUUUUCUGUUUUCCAGAAGCUCCGGGACUCAGAAGCAAGAGCUUUUGCAGAGUGCAUCAGUUUCAAGCACCGUACUGUACAUUUCUUUAGACCCUUUCUCAUUAGGAAGAUAAUUUCCUCAUUGUGUCCUAAGUCUAGAAGCUCUCUCAAGAGUAUUAUGGCUUGAUUGCUUGUGCGGAGGAAUGAAUGAGCACAAUUGAAAGAU